UUAUUUAGUGGCGUUGGUCGUGAAUUCUGACACAGUACGGACUACGAUUAUUCCUAAUCAAGCUAUAUGCGGUUGGCUGGAAAUGUUAUGUUUCUCUUGACGUUUUUGUUUACUCAUUAAGGAUCCAUGAAAUAUUUUAUUAUAUCUCAUUGGUAGAACGACUGCAGAUUAGGCUCGGUUUUGUACGUACCUCACAAGUUUGUCUGUGGGUAAACAAAAAUAUUUUAACUUGAAACACUUCAAGCAAAGUGCAACUAUAACCUUUGAUAACUAAGAAGGACUUGCCGCCACACCGGCACCUCCUCGUCAUCAGUGUAAGAUUUUUAAAAAGCUGGUCGUACGUUCGAAUUCGGCCGGAUGGAUUGGAAAAGUCAAAAAAAGGGGAUUCGAAUAGGGAAUACAAUAAGACAAACGUCAAGUGUACACUACAGCGUGUUGUGUUCUUACGGUCCUGAAAAAUUAUUCCACUACAGAAUGCAGACAUCAGUCAACUAUUUGGUCCUGAUAAUUGUCAUUGGACUGACGAGAAUUCUCGCUAAUCCGACGACUCGUGCAGUUUGCCCGGAAGAUUAUUCUCCUUGUGUCUGCGAUCUGACAGCUAAUGGCCUGGAAGUCACCUGUGUGGACUUGCCCCUUGUCGAUGUCGUCGACGUCUUUUUCCGCACGCAAAGUCUAUUUCUCUACUCGGUUUCGUUGGCAACUUCCGCCACGGGGUUGGUUGCAUUACCCGCCGAUCUGCUGAGUGACAAACGCGCUCAAAAUAUUCACCUAAAUUGCCCAUCCGCCGCAUCCCCUAAGCUCAGUCUGACGAUCGAUCCAGCCUCUUUUGAAUUUACGCGUUUCAACACGACCCGCUUCGAGAUUCACGACUGCGACUUGGCCGGCCAAACGGACAUGACAUUCCUGAGCGGAUUUGUAGCUCUCAAUACCCUCCACUUAGAAAACACGUUAAACGUCGAGGCUAUGGCAAAUCUGCCCAGUUUGCCCGCUCUCAAGGAACUCGCCGUCGUCAACUGUACAGGACUGGGAAAUGUCGCCUUCCCCGAUUUGACUCCAACCAGAUUGGAGCGGUUGCACUUGGAUGGGAACGGUUUAAACAAUGAAGCAGUUGCCAAUAUUUUCAUCUCCUUGGGCAGUUCGUCGUCUGUCAGUUCACUAAAAUUGCUGUCACUAGCCAACAACGCACUGACCAAAAUUCCCACGAUCGCCUCUUUCUCUCAACUGAUUACCUACGAACUCUCCUACAAUGACGUCCCUUUCAUGAGCCUAUCGACAUUGAUCUUUGGUCCUCCAGUCAACUUUGUUGGCCUCAAAAAUCUUUCGCUGAUCGCUAUUGAAGGCGACGCUUUCCAAGGUAAUUUUACGUAUGCCCAGGUGAACUUGGAGAAUAACAAAUUGACCGAGUUUAGGGAAGAUGUCUUUAAAUCGAUGCUGCAACAGAUGACGAUUCAACCACCGGCUAUUGGAGGACAAGUCCUUGUUACUGGAAAUCCGUUCGAUUGCGGAUGUCCUUUGGCCUGGCUGAUUCGAGACAACCAAAUUCUCCUGCCCAGUGUCAAAAACGGAGUUUGCGGCGGAUUCUUUAGGUUCGAGGAUCUUAACCCAGAUGCCUACGGAAAUUGCUAGUUAUGAUGCGUAAUAGACACACCGAUCGGCCAUGUCAAAAGAAAACAUUUUUUAAAUGUAUGUUUGUACUUUAAAUGUACGUUGUAGAAAAAAGGAAUGCUUUCGAACAGCAUUCCGUUUCAAUUUAAAUUAUAUUCUUAGCGGCUUUCCUUUUAACUUUCCGACUUCAAUUAGAAUACUAAUUCUGCGAUGAACUGAAACUACCCGAAACUAAUUGUCCCCAUUUUGCAGUCGAAUAAAAUCAAGGAGCUAUUACUGUCAA